AAUAGAUUAGUUGUACAUUUACUGCACCGGGAGAACAGUUUGGAUACACCUACUCCCUAAAAAAUGUCUUUCAUAUCUACAUUAUAGGCUAAUAUUGAAGACAUUUUCCCAUGUAGUCCUAACAAUGACACAAUUAUUUUAAUAUAAAAUGAUGAGCUUUGCUAAAAAAGGAGUGUGUUUUGCAUUUUAAUUGAUCUUUUUGUAUCCAGCACUGACACAACUGAAGCUUUGCAGAUGUGCGUUUUAAUUACUUAAAUUCAUGAUAUGAACUACAGUCACUCUGAAUUUCCAAAUGCCUAACUCGGAUAUGGAAUAGAAAAUGGAUUCAUGUAUUCUGGACAUCAUUGGCUGUUUGUAGCGAGGACAGAAACCACAAUAUUUGAAUAUUCAGGUGGCUAAAAGAGUUCACCCAGCUGCACUUGUGCAACAUACAGUGUUUAUUAAGAGCAACUAACAUCAGUACAUCGAGGAGAAACAUCGGAGUGAAGCUGAGGAAAAAAAGGAAUCACCAAAAAACAGCAUAAACAUGCAGCGGAGUCUGUUUCUGCUCAUGGUAAUGGGUCAGUGUUCCUUCCUUGCAUGUCAUCAGUACCACUUUAUUGAAGACAAAAAGACAUGGCACGAUGCCCAGAAGUACUGCAGAGAGAAAUAUACAGAGCUGGCCACAGUGUACGACAUGGAAGAUGUGAGGAGACUCCAAAACGCUGCAAAGAACCAAACUGAAGCCUGGAUUGGGCUGCGCAAUGCAAUAGAUGGCAACAAAACAUGGCACUGGUCUCUGCCUGGGGUUGAGUUCAAAGAAAAUGAGACAAACUGGGGGCCAGAAGAACCAAACGAUGAAGGAUCUAAUGAGAACUAUGGGGUGAUCUCAAAGGAUCGAUCAUGGAUUGAUAUUUCUCGUACAAAAAAACAUCCUUUCAUGUGCUACGAUGAUCGUCCAAAUGCUCAGGAAAAAUUUAUUCUUGUUAAAGAGGACAUGUACUGGACAGAAGCUCAGGAAUAUUGCAGACAGAACCACACAGACCUAGUCAGUGGACUAAAACAGUUAAAUGACCCAAAGGUAAUCAGUUUGCUGGAAAACGCCACAGAAAGCUGUUGUUGGCUAUUUGGCCUGUUCAGAGACACCUGGAGGUGGUCAGAUGGGAGUCAGUCCUCUUUUAGAAACUGGGACCAUCAUCCAAACAGGGAGGAUUGUGCCAUGACCACAUUGAACGGAGAAAGCAAAUGGAAGUCUGACAACUGCAGUUCACCAAAACCCUUCUUCUGCUACGACGAGGAGGUGGUCCUGAUCAAAGAAAACAAGACGUGGGAGGACGCCUUGUAUUACUGCAGAGAGCACCACUACGACCUGGUCUCCAUCACUGGCCCUGACCAGCAGAGAAUGGUCCAGGAGAGAGCCAAGAGGGCCGACAGUCCCUUCGUCUGGGUCGGACUGGGCUACACCUGCACUCUGGAUUUCUGGUUCUGGGUCACUGACGAGGUGGUCGACUACAAAAACUGGGCCUCGGGUGGAAAGAUCGAUGAGUGCGACAUGUCUGGAGCUGUGGACAGAGGAGGACAACAGGAGUGGUUCAGUAAAAAUGAUUCUAUGGAAUUUAAUUUUAUCUGCUGGGUUUAAACAUCAUCCUUCCCUCCUAAUAGGCAUCUUAUAAUCAUUUGCUUAUUCAUUUUCAUUUUUGUUCUUUGGGUAGCUGAGAAAUGCAGAAAUCACUCCCUGAUCAGUGCUUAUCCCCAUUACGAUGCAGCAACUCACUGGAAAGCUGGACAUUCAGACAUAUUCUUCAUGAGAUUUUGCACAAUAUGUCCCCUUUAGAUCUGUUAAAUUCAGUUUGGAGGAGCCAUGUAAACACCUGUGCACAGUAACAGUCAUUUGGAUAUGUUUUCAUAUAUGGAAAGUGUGAAUUUUCUCCUUCUCUUCCUUUAGAUUGUAUUUUCUAUGCUAUGUAACAGGCAGAAAAUCGGAAACCGCACCGAUGUUCGACUGUACUCCGUUUGAUUUUUCCGGUGAUGGUUUUAUAAAGUUAUAUUUACAUUACAAUUCUGUUUUUGAAGUUUCGUUCAAAUGCAUAAUGUUGAAUAAACUGCUAAACCAUG